AUGCUAAUACCAUGUACUCCAGAAAACCUAACUGUAAAAUCGGUAGAAUCGCAAGAGAUCAUCCUAACUGUGAAUGCGUUUGAUAAUGCUAUUGGUUAUAUAGCAGUCUUGGAGUCGGUUGAUGGCAAACUGAUCACCUUUCAUUUCCCCGUGAAGGAUCUCGCACAACUGAUGACAUUAGACUUGGACAGCUGCAACUUUUACAAUGUCACUGUUCAUGCCGUCUUGGAGGCUGGAAUCACUUCUGGAAUUUCUACAUGGGCAUCAACAGGUUGA